AUGGCUAGACUUGUUUACUCAACUAACGAAGAUAAAUUAGCAACAGCAAUUUUAGAUCAAAAAAAGCGUCCGAACCAUCUCCUUAUUGAAGAAUCUCGCAAUGAUGACAAUAGUGCUGUUGCCUUAUCACAAGCAAAAAUGAAUGAACUUCUAUUAUUUCGUGGAGAUACUGUUACACUCAGAGGUAAAAAACGUCGUGAAACAAUAUGUAAUGUAGUCCCCGAUGACGCUUGCCCAAACGAUCAUAUUCGAAUGAAUCGUGUUCUACGUAAUAAUUUACGUGUACGAUCAGGUGAUAUUGUUUCAAUUCAAGCCUGUUCAGAUGUUAAAUACGGUAAACGUAUACACGUGUUACCUUUUGAUGAUACUGUCGAAGGAAUAACGGGAAAUCUAUUUGAAGUCUACUUGAAACCAUACUUUAUUGACGCCUAUAGACCAGUCAAGAAAGGUGAUGUUUUUAUAGUACGUGCAGCAAUGCGUGCCGUUGAAUUUAAAGUUAUUGAAACUGAACCUAGCCCAUAUUGUAUUGUUGCGCCAGAUACACUUAUACUUUGUGAAGGUGAUCCAAUAAAACGUGAAGAAGAAAAUGCUCCAUUAAAUGAAAUCGGUUAUGAUGAUGUUGGUGGUUUGAGAACACAGUUAGCACAAAUUAAAGAAAUAGUUGAAUUACCAUUCAGACAGCCACAUUUGUUCAAAACUAUUGGCAUUGAACCGCCACAUGGUAUUCUUCUUUAUGGACCUCCAGGCACAGGUAAAACUUUAAUCGCACGUGCUGUGGCCAAUGAAACAGGUGCAUUCUUCUUUUUAAUCAAUGGACCAGAAAUCAUCGCGCAAUUAGAUGGUGAACCCGAAUCAAAUUUACGAAAAACGUUUGAGGAAGCUGAAAAAAAUACUCCGGCUAUUGUCUUUAUCGAUGAGCUUGAUGCAAUUGCACCAAAACGUGAGAAAACUCAUGGUGAACUUGAACGUCGUAUUGUUUCACAAUUGUCAACAUUAAUGGACGAUGUUAAACAACGUUCAGGUGUCAUUGUUAUGGCUGCUACAAAUCAAUUGAAUUCGAUUGAUCCUGCUCUUCGACGUUUUGGUCGAUUUGAUCGCGAAGUUUAUAUUGGCAUUCCAGAUGCUGUUGGUCGAUUGGAAAUUCUUCGUAUUCAUACGAAAAAUAUGAAGUUAGCAGACGAUGUCGAUCUAGUACAAAUUGCUAAUGAAACACAUGGUCAUGUUGGUGCUGAUUUAAAAUCAUUAUGUUCCGAAGCAGCUUUACAACAAAUCCGUGAAAAAAUGGGUGUGAUCGAUUUAGAAGAAGACACCAUUGAUGCUGAACUGCUUGAUUCAUUAGCUGUUACACAAGAUAACUUCCGUUUUGCACUGAAUCGAUUAACUUCAUCGUUUUUACGUAAACUUGUUGAUGGAAUUCCAAAAACAACUUUGGAAGAUGUUGGCGGCUUAGAGGAUGUUAAACGUAAAUUACAAGUACUUAUUCGAUAUCCAAUUGAACAUCCAGAGAAGUAUCUGAAAUUUGGUAUAAUGCCAGCACAUAGUGUGCUUUUGUAUGGACCAUCAGGUUGUGGUAAAACUCUCUUAGUUGAGGCUAUUGCCAAUGAAUGUCAAGUGAAUUUUAUUUCAUAUGAAACUUCUGAUUUAUUAACGAUGCCGUAUGAAGAAUCAAGAGUCAGAAUUCAUAAUAUAUUUUAUAAAGCGUGUCAAACAGCUCCCUGUGUACUGUUCUUCGAUGAAUUAGAUGCUAUCGUAAAGAGUGGUGAUAGUGGAACUACUGCAGAAUGUGUUAUCAAUCACCUUUUCAGAGAAAUGAAACGUAUCAGACAUAAACAUAAUGUUUUUAUUAUUGGUGCCACGAAUCGACUAGAUAUUAUUGAUUCAUCUCUGCUUCGGCCAGAUCGGUUCAAUAAAUUGAUUUAUGUUCCAUUACCAGAUGACAAAUCUCGUCUAUCUAUUCUAAAAUCUGCUUUAAGAAAAUCACCCGUAGCCAAAGAUGUUGACCUUCAACUUUUGGCAAAAGUCACCAAAGGCUUUAGUGGUGCUGAUUUAACAGAGAUAUGUCAAGUUGCAUGUGAAUUAGCUGUAACAGAAUCCAUAGAGAAAGAUAUUGUUCGAGGAAAAGAACGGCUACGUAUCGGACAAGCAGCAUGGGACUCUUAUGAACCUGAUCUAGUACCGGAAAUUCGUCGAGAUCAUUUUGACGAAGCAGUGAAAUUCGCAAGAAGAUCUGUUAGUGAUAAUGAUAUACGAAAAUAUGAAAAUUUUACUCAAACAUUACAACAAUCAAGUGGUCUCAGUUCACAAUUCCGUUUUUUCAAUCAACAAUCACCAUUACAAAGAACAAGUGGUAUGUAG